UUAUAGGUUUAGGGUUUCAUUGUGCCUAUCCUGCCAAUUUCUGGAUUCGAUUCUCCCUUCUCUUCACCGGUUGUUUGAGCUCCGGCGGAGGUUUGUCUGCUGCGCUUCAAGAUAUUUUGUAUAGCCUUAUUGAGUAGGAAAUUCUUUCUACUCAAGAGUAACAUGGCUAAAGACGACGAAGAAAGCCGAGUGCAUCCAGAUUGCAGAAAUGCCUCAAAUCCAUUUCAUGAAUGUAGUGAAUAUUGCUUCAAGAUUAUUGCUGAAACAAAGAAGACAAUCAAUAAAAGUGGCACAGAAUUGAAUGCUAGUGAUGUUGUGGCACAUCAAAAUAUGGUGGCUUCUCCCAAUCAUCAUAACAAUGAGGAUGAUGGGACUGAAAUAUCCAACGAGCAUUCUGAUAAUGAGGAUGGCAUGGAUGGUGAUGCCGCUGCGGCAGAGAAUUCUCAUAAUCUUACAGGGAGGCAAAAGAAGUUAUUUGAGUUGAGAUUGAAGAUGAAUGAGGCUAGAAAGGCUAAUCAAACUGCCAUGGUUGCUGAGAAGAAAAAACUAGAGGGUCCCGGGGAAUCUAGAGGAGUUUCUAAGCAAAAAUGGCUGGAGGAGAGAAAGAAAAAAAUUGGAAAGCUUCUAGACGCCAAUGGCUUAGACAUGAGCAAGGCAUAUAUGCUUGAUACCGAGCAGAUGGCAGAGGCAAAGUAUAAGAAAUGGGAGAAAGAACCAGCUCCUGAAGGUUGGGAUGUUUUCAAUCAAAGGACGUUAUACAAUGCAUACAAGAAAAGAACAAAGAACAUUGAGGUCGAUCUUGACGAGUACAACCGAAUGAAAGCUGUGGAUCCAGAAUUCUAUAGAGAGGCUUCGAGUCUUCAAUAUGGAAAAGCACCAAAGAUCUCGGAGGAGAAGAUUGAUAGAAUGGUGAAGGAGCUGAAGGACAGGGAGGAGAAGUCUAGGGCCUUCAGUAGGAGGAGGAAAUUCCGUGAAGAAAAAGACAUCGACUCGAUCAACGAUCGCAAUGAACAUUUCAAUAAGAAGAUUGAGAGAGCCUUUGGGAAAUACACUUUGGAGAUCAAGAACAACCUCGAGAGAGGGACUGCCUUGCCUGAUUGAUUAAGGCUGCAAUUAAUUGGAUCUGCAUGAGCUUUUGAUGUGUUACUUACUAGCAUUUACUUGGAAGAUGUAUAAUAUGGUUUUGUAUGUGUUUUUAAUGUUCAUUUCAUAUAUAUAUAUAUGUAUAGAUGAUGAUUAAUA